AUGUCUUACUAUUAUCAAGAAGGUAUGAGUGAGGGUGGGUAUUCUGGAGAGUACCCUCCACACGCGUGGUCUGAAAGCUAUGCCAUCGGGUCAGGAACGCCGUCGGCCACAGCCCCCACUUCGGAGAUACACGAGCAAUGGAUGCAACCCGAGUUCGUUUCUCCAUUGGAGAUAGAACUCAAUCCAGCCAGUCCUACACAGCGGCCACCUACCGCUACAUUCACCUUGCCGCCUGCUUUCCUACGGGCCCAAGCUGCUAACGCAUCACAGGUCCAAGACCCCCCUCGUCCCGCGGAGCAGGAUAAAGGUAAGUCAAAGUCCAAGCCCAGUACGAGCAAGACAACGAAGAGCAAAAAGGCCAAGCAAGGAAAGGAGUGCACGCUCGACGAAUUUUGGUACCAGAACGGCACAGAUUGGGAGCAGCUCCGGCUGUCAGAAGUAGAGCCCAAAACGCGUAAGAGAAGAACUGGUGUUGCGGGUUGCACGACAGCGCCCGAGUGUUUUAGCUGCGGGGCAAGUCUCAGUUACGAGGAAAUCAUGAACCCCAGAAUGCCUUGCCGGAUUUGUCACUGUUUUAAUUAGUUUCGACAGAUACUUGGUGGAUUAGGUAUCAGGGUGAG